CAGGAUCAACUUGUUUGUCUGAACGCCUCCCGGGACUCGACAGAGUCAUCGAGCCGGGACGUCAGAGACAUGCUCACAGUGAGAAUCGGAAAUACAAAAAUGGCAAGACGACAAAACUACAGAAGGGUUUUGCAGUGCGUGUUGGUGUUGGUGCCAGCGGUUAUUUUUAUCACUGUCAUGCUGCAGAAAUACAGCAACCCGUUCACAGCUGAAUGGACUCGUGCGUUAUCUGGAGGUUUGGACGCCUCCAGGACCAGAGCGCCCUCCAAACAGUCAGUUGGAUCCUGUUCUCCAAAGAGAGAGUGUCCAGAGGAUCACUUCAGCUUCUUCAUCCAGAGCGGCGCCGCCAACGUCGUGGGUCCAAAGAUCUGCGUGGAGAACAAUCUGGCUCUGGGAACAGUGAAGAACAACGCUGGUUUUGGGAUCAACAUCGUUAUUAUAAACGGGAAAACAGGAGAAGUCAUGAAGACCGAUCACUUUAACAUGUACAGCGGCGAUGUGGAACCUCUCAUCGAACUCCUGAAGAGCAUCGAGAAAGGUUCUAUUGUUCUGAUGGCGUCUUAUGACGAACCUUCAUCAAAGUUGAAUGAAGAUGCCAGGAAGCUGAUCGCUGAGCUGGGCAGCGCCGCCGUCCAGUCUCUGGGCUUCAGAGAUAACUGGGUGUUCGUUGGUGGGAAAGGAGCUGCAGUGAAGAGCAACUUCGAGAAGCAUCUGAAGAACGACAAAGUGAAGAAUAAAUACGAGAGCUGGCCCGAGCUCAUCCAGCUGCAAGGAUGCAUCCCGAGGUAUCUGGAGUGACGCGCUGUUCGAACAUGAAGCAGCAGCUGGUGUUUGUACGAUAAGAAGACAAAGAAGAUCAAACCAGUUAGUGACUCAAUGAAAAGUGAAGCUGUAAACUGUGUUUGUCCUGCUGGUCUGGAUGAACCAGUUCUUCUCUUUACAGACACAGUUACGUUACAAACAGCUGCUCUCUACGCUCCUUCUUUCCUCACUGAGUCUGUUACUGUGACACAAAGAGGAAAAAGACAAAAUACUUUUAUUAUUCUUAAUUUUAAACAUUUUACUGGGGUCUGAAGGUAAUAAAUAAGCUGCUGAGGAAGUAGUUUAUGGUGGAAUCAGAGGAAACUGUCCUGUAAAUGUCGUAGAAGAAGAUAUGAAGCUGAACGUGUCUGGACAUCAGACUUCCUCCUCUCAGAGAUCAAAACCGAUGAUGCAGCCGUCUGUUCUUCAUCUGCUCAUAAAGUCAUUAAUGUUCACGUUGUCGAGGAUGAUCAGUGGCAACGACUGUCAUCAAAUAGUCUGGAUGUUAUAUCAACUACCGAGUCUCUUCCUCUGUUAGCCAUGUUAGCAUGUUAGCAGCGUUACUGUGGAGGACGAUGAAAAUAUCUGUUUAAUGAAUCACCGAGAAGGUUUGAACAAACAUUCAUGUUCUUCAGAUGAAGAUGUUUCCUCCAGCGCCACCAUGAGGAAGGUUUUUACUUCUUCACUGAAAUAUUUCAACAACUACCGGACGGAUCGUCAUCAUAUCUGUUUACUACGUUCAUGUUCAUGUCAGGAUGAACUGAGAUGUGCUCAGACCAAACGAGGAGCGUGUUUGUUUGUUUGUGUGUGUGUUUGUUUGUUUGUUUGUGUGUGUGUGUGUGUGUUU